AUAAAGAGUGUUGUUGGGGGUCCUCGACACCUACUGACUAAACGCGAGGCCAAACAUUGACCUCAGCAGUUCAAGACAAUUUACAGGCUUAUAUUGUAGAGGGCUAUACCGCAGCUGGAGCCGCUUGGAAGCCCAUAGACUGCCUAGACCGCUGCAUGACUCAGGCCAACGGGGCCCCCGUCCGGGGUUGCCAUUCCCCAGACUGAGAUUCGCGUGAACGCUCCUUAGCUGUAUGGGACGCAUUUCUAGUGCUAAUCUGUCAAUUUGAAGCCAUAUAACCCCAAGCCAAGCGUUGAUUCAGCAAGCCUUCAGCAAACGUGACUGCUGGCCACACACAAACACCCACACACCCUUAGUGGCUUCUACUGUGAGACAUAUGGACCUGCCAGUGCCCUUGUAGACAGUUAGUCAAGACCCCGGGCUUGCCGGGGGCGUCUACGUUCGGAUAAUGUCUCGGACAGUCAGCCAAAGCUUACGCGCGCAGCUCGCUUAAGCGAAGCUUCUGCUAAUGCUGAGUACUGACAUAUCCAUGGAUUCCCUGAGACUAUAAUACACGCCCAGUCGGGUCGAUGCGGCACCCUGCGUUUUUCUGACUUGGACGCUGGGCCUCUGAUGCAUAGUAGGCGCUUAUGCGCACUACUAGUACCACUUUUUGCCAUCUAUGUAUCUGGGACGCACUCGGGCGACGAGUGCCUCACCUCGGAGCUCGCUGCCGCCGUUUUGGAGGGGUGCCAGCAGCCAGGCACAGCCGCCCUCCACAGCGCCGUCGUACGUGCGUUGUCCGUGUGCCACCAGGAAACCAAUGCAGGGGGCCUUCGGAUCGUCCUCCCAGACAUCUUCGCCAAGCCCUGGCUGCAGCCAACGCUGGCAGCGUUCAGCAGCCUGCAUGGCGUGCUUUUAGACAUUGACGUAUGGCCAGCCGUGAGGCUGCAUGAGGCCUUGGUUGCCGAGGCCGUCACCGGCGGCGGCUGCAUUACAGCCGGUGGUUGCAUUGCGGACGGCUCGAACAGCACUGCUGGCGCUCCUGCAGCGCUGCUUUUGCACACCGUGGGGUCCACUCACGACCUUGCCAGCGGCGGGAUUCUUGCCGACCUGAGUGACCUGGUGACCACCUUCAACCCGGAUGAGAUUCAAUGGCCGGGCAUAUCCCAGUUGUUCCGUCUACAGCUCUCCACAUACAUGGGAAGCAUUGUAAAUGUUCCUCUCGACGGUGGCAGCGGCUACAUGCUGAGCCGCACAGAUGUCCUGACCCACAUGGGCAUUAGCGAGCCCCCGCAGUCGUGGACGGAGCUCCUGGACUUCAUCGCUUUCUAUCGGGCCUUCAGCGCGGCCCAGCAAGGCAGCGCCACGGCGGGCAGUGCGGAUGGCGGCACGAAGGGCGCGGCCGGCGGAAUCCCGGAGCUGCCCCCCUACCCCUUAUGCCUGCCUGUUGGCGUAGCCUGCAAGCACCUCUUCAACCUCAACGUGGUGUGGACGACGAUCGCCCAGACGCACGGCGUGGAGCAGGGCGUGCACUUCAACGCUUCGAACGAUCUGGAGCCCCUGAUUGACUCCCCGGCGGCGGCGGAGGCAUUUCGUGUGAUGGCGGCGCUGCUGGCUGCCGCUGCGCCGCCUGAGCCCGACGAGGCGUGCACGCAUGGGGCGCUGGGCUUCGCCCGCGGGAAGUGCGCGCUGGUGGUCGCGGGCAUGGUGCCGCAGCUCAAGUACUUCACGGACCCGGACGUGCGCGCCACCGUGCGCCAGUCCGACAUCCGGCUGUCCCGCCUGCCGGGCUCGGAGCUGGUGUGGCAGCGCGGCGGCGGCAGUGGCGCCGCGGGCGACGGCGGCAGCAGGGGGCUGGUGCCUUGCAGCACCGGGCUGUGCCCGUAUGGAAGUGUGGUCACAUGUGGUACGCCCUACUGCAACCGCACGCGGCUGAUCAAUUUUGCGCCAGCGGCGCUGCUUUGGACGCUCACGGCGGGCAUCAACUCCAAGGCUCCGUUCCUGGCGCAGCUCCUGGCGUUUGAGGCGCUCAGCUACCUGGCCUCCCCGGACCGCUACGGGCCGGACGAGCCGGCGUCACCGGUGACGUCAGUGGCGCCGGUGCGGGACCAGUUCACGGACUUGAGCGGCAGUAACGCCAACAUCUACACGCGCGCGGGGUAUGAGCCGAGCUUGAUGGACGGCGGGCUGGCGAUGGCGCGGGUCGGCAGCCGCCACCACCCCAACCGGGCGUGGCCGCUGCGAAUGGCGGGCAGCACCCUGUACAAUAAUGUCAUCCAAGACCUCCUGUCUGAUGUGCGCGCUAGCGGAAUCACGUUAAGCGGGCUGCCGGCUUCUGCCUCACCCUACUACAAGGCAGCAGCAGCCGCGGCGGAGGGCUGGGGCAGCGCGGGCUCCGUCGGGGCGGCGCCUGCCAGCGGCUGGAUGCAGUCGUCCUCCUGGGCGGCGUCGUUGCUGGUCAGCAGUUCGGGUGGCAGCAGCGGCAGUGACGAUGACCAUGUGAGCACGGAUUACGCCGGCUACGCGGAUGAUGAUUCGGCUGGCGGCGGGGUCCCGGACACCAUCAGCCUGGAGGCGGCUCUGGACGCGGCCCGCAACACGCUGGCCGCACACUACCUUCCCAAGGACUACCUCGCCAAGUACCUGACGUCACUGGGCCGCAGUCACCUGAGCAUUGACGACACCGGCGCGGCCCCGGGCGCGGCGGGAGAUGCUGGGGACUCUUCCGGGCUCAUGAUAAUCAUAUCGGUGUCACUGGCAUCGGUAUUCUUUGUCAUGGUGGCAGCGCUGCUGCUGGUGUACCAGUUGCGGCGCAACCGCUGCAGCGCACUGCAGAUGUGUGGCAAGGGGUGCAAGCACCCAGACUCGUCCUUCUGCGGACGGCGGACGUCCUUUGUACUUGGGGCCGGCGGCGGCGGCAACAGCCCCGGCGGCUUCUUCGAGGGAGCUGCCAGCAAGAGCUCCGUGCAAAUGGCCAAGUAUGCGCCGGAGCCGCACCAGCCAGCGGUUAUCGCCGUGACGGACAUCGAGAGCAGCACGCAGCUGUGGGAGGAUCUGCCGGCGGAGGUGAUGGCGGCGGCCAUGCACCUGCACCACGCGGCGGUGCGGCGCCUGCUGCUGCGGCACGAGGGCUACGAGAGCGCCACGGAGGGCGACUCGUUCAUAGCGGUGUUCCGCUCCGCGCACCGCGCCGUCAUGUUUGGCGCCGACCUGCAAACCGAGCUGGUGCGGCAGCCGUGGCCGCAGCAGCUGCUGGAGCACCCGGUAUGCAAGCCCGUCCACACGCUGCUACCGGAGCUGUACCCCUUCCUGCGCAAGAAGGAUGCUCCCGUGAUGUCGCCGUCGCCUACCACAGCAGCAGCAGCACCGCCGCCGCCGCAGACCCAGCUGGGGCGCCAGCAGUCUGGCGCAGGUGGCGGCGUGCCGCCUUCAAGCGCAUCUCAGCAGCAGGGCCUCCAGCAGGCAGCACUAGCAGCACGACCGGCGCUCAGAAGUGGUGGUGUGGACGGCGCCAGCGGCGGCGCCCGGGGCUCAGCACCGUCCGCCGCAGCUGACAUGGCAGCUGUCGGCCUCAUGACCUCCUCCCUCUGCUACGACGAUGAUUUCGUCACCACCGCCGGUGCCGCGCAGCUCGCGACCGAGGUGGCGACGUGGUGUGACACAACAUUAACAGACAUGGCGGCGGUGGCUGCGUCGCACCACGGCGGCGGCAGCAACGGCGGCAUGCAGCAGAGUGGCAGGCAGCAGCAGCAGCAGCAGCAGCAGCACAGUGGCAGCUUCAAGCUGGUGUCAAGGAGCUCCUACUGCCCAGGACUGGCGUCAGAUUCCCAGCAGCGGCUGGGGCGGCAGUGCGCACCCGCAUCACCUCAGCUGCUGCAGCCGUCACAGCAGCAGUCCCAGCAGGCCGCCGCCGCGGAUGGCAGCCGCGGCGCAGGUGGCAGCUCCGCGGAGGCCAACGCUGCUUUGUUUGGCCUGCGGUCGUACCUUGCGCCUCCUCAUGCUGCUGCGCAGCCGCAGCUGCUGCACCACCCGCAGUGCGCCAGCGCGCCGCCGACCUUACUGCAGCGUAACGGGGCCGCGGCGGCGGCAGCCGCGCUCGGCAGCGCCGCCGCCUACGCCAGUGCAGGCAGGGCUGUGGCGACGGCUGCGGCUGAUGCGGAUGAGCACUCGUUCACCAUGGACGGCGGCGGGUCUCCGGAUGAAAGCAGCGUGGCCUACGCCUGGUUCCUGGCUUCCAACGGGGCUGCCCCGCCUGCUGCCGCACUUGAAACGGGGUUAGCAGCCGCAGCCUACAGCCCCACAGCUGCAGCACGUCCGUACGCCGGCGGCGUGGGCGCAGCCGAGGCGGCGAGCCGUGCUGCAGCAGAGGGCGCAUUGGACGCGGUGGGACAGCAGCAGCCGGAGCGCAGCAGCCUCCGCCGGCAGCACCUAGCCUCAAGGUUGGUGCGGUUCUUCCGCAGGGACCCUGCCGCGUCGGCCUCGGCGCUGGCAGCCGCCGCCGCAGCAGCUUCAGCCGCUGGGCCAAGCAGCAUGCGCACGGCACCUCAUGGCCAGGCGCCACAUGGCCAGCCGGCGCCGGCAGCAGGUGUGACCCCUGAGGGCUUGGCCGGCAGCGGCGCGGCUGCAUAUGCGCUCGCGCGGCGCAACCCCUCCCACCUGCACAGCGUUUUGCGCAGCAGCACGACCAGCAGCCUCGGCGGUGGCUCGAACCCGUACGCCCUGCCGCGCGGGUCGGGCGCUGCCUCGCAGCAGCUUGCCGCCGCCGCCGGCACAUCUGACGACGACCUCUUUGAGGUGUCGCUCGCGCUGGCGCCAGUGGCCGAGGUGGCGCCGUCCAGCACGGACGGCGUGGUACGGGAGCACCCUGCAGCUACAGCUGGCGGCGUCACUGCUGCAGCCGCUGCCGGCGGCGCCUUGUGGAGGACGGCGGCCUCUCGCGGGCUUUCCACACAGGACUCCCAUGGCACGGAGCCGGCGGCUUGCACCGCCCAGCAGCCUCUAAGCCCGGCCGUCGGGCUGUUCAUUUCAGAGGCGGUCGGGGGAUUUGAUGCGGAGGAUGAGAUUGAUGACAACCAGACAAUGGCCUUUCUCGCGACUGGCGAAGAGGGCACACCGCAAAGCCUGGGCAGCUGUCCGGUUGCUGGCGCCAGUAGUCUUUACGACUCCAGCCGCCGCCGCGCAUCAGGAGGCCCGGCGACGUCAGUGGCGGUCGCGGCGGCGACGUCCAGCGGCUCGCAGCAACAGCAUCACGCCCAGCAGCAGCCUUUUGCGGCUCCAGCUGUGGUGGCAGCACAGCGACUGUCAGAAUACUUUUCGGCGCACAGGGAAGCGGACCUCCGCCACCAGCAGCAGGGUGGCGGGCCCAUGCCUCCGCCGCCGCUGGCAGCCGCUGGCUCGGCAUCGAAGCGGCCCACCUCUCUCGUGUUCAGGGGCCUGCGUGUCCGCGUCGGCAUGUGGGCAGUGCCCUCGCUGUCGCCGGCAGAGCUGGGGCACAACGCGGCGGCGGCGCGGCUAGUGGUGGGCGGGCCGUGCCUGGCCGCAGCCAAGGCGCUGGCUGACAUGGCCCACGGCGGCCAGGUUCUGCUGGCGGGUGCGACGGAGGGCGCGCUGCAGCAGGAGCUGCGCUACCUCAAGCUCAAGUCCGCGGCCGGCAGCGGCGGCAUUGCGCUGCUGCGCCUUGGCACCUAUUCGGACCUGGGCAAGCACCAGGCCGCCGCCGCCGCAGCCAAGUCUGCGGUGCUGCCAACGCCCGAGGAAACCGCCCUGGCCGACCUGUCCCUCAACGUCGCACUGGAACGGUCACAGAUGCAGCUGCAGCGGCUGCGGCUCCGGUCCGUGCAUGACCGGCCGGCGGCGGAAGCCACCGCAUCCCUAGACGCGCUCGUGGCCCGCGCGCAGCUGCUGCGACCGCAGUUGCGGCCGCAGGCGCGGCUGCAGCAAGAGGCGUUGCUGGACGGCGGCGCCGCCGCCGACGCCGCGGCAGGGCAGCGGCGGGGCGCCACGGACGUGCUGUGUGUGGUGCCGGCGGCGCUGAGUGCGCGGUUGGUGCACACGCCGCCGCUGCGCGUGCCGGCCACCCUGGGCCGCAUUAGCCAGGUGUACGACGCGCCCACGGCGUCAACGUCGUACCUGGUGGUGCAGGUUCCCAAGGCUGCGGCGCUGUUGGCUUGGGACGUGGAAGUGGCCAGCGAGUCGCUGCGGCUCCUUCGAGACACCGCGCACCGGCUGUUGAUGGCGGCGCCGGUUCGGGGCUACCUGGUGCCGUCACGCGAGGACCAGAUACACGUGGCGUUCCCGGCGGCCGCUGCUGUUGCCGCGCUGGGUUUUGCUGAGGCGCUGCGACUGGCGCUGCUGGACGCGCCCUGGCCCCAGGCUCUACUGGAGCACGAGCUGGGUGAAAUGGUUGAGGUCAGCGCUUGCAGCAUCGCACCUAGGAUGGCAACGCAAGCGCCCCUGGUGCAGGCAUCCGAAGCGGCAGCGGCAGUGGCAGCCGUCAGCUUUGCCGAUGCUGCUAUGCUGCUCCACAGCCCUCGCCCAAGAGGGUCCCCGCCGCCAACCCUGGCGCCCGCCUCAGCCGCCCUGCCGCGUCUGGCUGUCAGGAAGACGCCGACCACACGCCCCGCGGCGGCGCCGGCGGCAGGCUACGGGGCCGGCGCAGCGGGCUCCGCAUCGGGCUGGAGCUUGCUCCGUUUCUUCCCGGCCAGUGCGGGAGGUGCGGCCGCCGGCGCGGAUGCGGCCCCAGCAGACAGCGACAGGCCAUCACUCGGCGCCGUCAGCUUGCCCACCACACCCGCGGCGGCGACUGCGCGGCGCCUUAUCGCCGCCGCCGCAUCCGCCUUCACGACGUCACGCAAGGUGGCGCGCUGGCACUCCGCUGCGAACCACCGGUGCGGCAGCAGCCCCGCCCCGGUGGCUCAGCAGCCGCCCGUAGGCGUAUGCCAGACCGCCGCCGGCAUGCUGCAACAUAUGACUGAUGCAAGCUCCCAGCAGCACCCGCUGCACGCUAGGCCGAUGCACAUGCAGCAUCGGGCGCCCAUCGACGUGCCAGGCCGCAUGCGGCUUGCCUACGGCAGCGUGGCAAGCGCGGGCGGCAUGGGUGAGACCGCCAGCCUGGCUGUCCUGGCCGGUGCGAACAGCGACCGACUGCCGGUUGCGCUGGCGGCUGAGCGCGCUGAGUUGGUCUUGCAGGAGCCACGGCUGGCGUUCACACCGCUGCUGCUGACGGCGGGGCUCGGCCUCCCCGAAAAUGGCGGCAUUAUGCAGCAGCCGCAAAAUGUAACCACGACCGGGGCGUCGGAGUGGCCCGAGUCGUGGAACAGUGUGGGCGUGUUGCUGGGGAGCAGUCCCCCGGGCGUGCAGGUGCGGUUUGAGUCGAACAGCCUGCUUGCAGCGGCCAGGAGCCCAAGCAGGGCCGGCGUCGUCGUCGGCUUUGACCUGGGAAGAGGGUGCGAAAGCACGAGCAGUGGCGGGAUGACCUGGCAGCAGCAGCUGCAGGGGUUUGCCGGGUCCGCUGCUGUGGAGCCGGUCUUGGGCACCGUUCCCCUCGCGGACCUUGCGAGCAACGGCAGGGGCAACGACGGCAUCGCAGCCAGCUGCGCAAAUGACUUCGGACUGAAUCCGGCGCGCGUUGCCGUUUUAUACUCUCCACCUCUGGGCAGCGCUGCUGACCCUCAUCAGCCGGCAUCCAAGCAAACAACAGCUGAGCAAUGGACCCUGCCUGCGGCAGCAGCUGCACCAGCAGCAGAGCGUUCGGCGGCUGCAGCUGGAAUCGUGCGCUCUGCUGGCGGCUACCCUGGAGCCAGCAACAGCGACAACGUCCCACAGAUGCAAGGCAAUAGCCAUCAUGGCGGCUGGAGCUCGAGCGUCGCCGCGGCCGCCGCUGGGGGCUGGCCCAGCGCAACCACUUCUGCCACGCCCCCGGUCAGCCAUUGUGGUGGCGAAGGGACAAAGAGGCGGCUCCAAGGCCACCAAUCUCAUGUUCACCUCCAGCCGCAGCCGCAGCAGCUGCAGACGAUGCUGUUGAGGGGUCUGAGGAUCCGCAUGGGGCUGGCCACCGGCGCCGCCGAGUGGCGCAUCAGCCGCAGUGCACAGGCCCUGAUCUACACCGGCGCCGCCGUGGUGUCUGCCACCAAGCUCGCCAGCAGCGCAGCCUGCGGACAGCUGCUGUGCGACCGGGCCACGCACGUGCAGGCCGCCGCAGCAGCACGUGAUGAGGGGGCUCUGGCCCCCCCGCCGUCGCUGACUUGGGCGGCUCCCGCCGGCCUUGCGCCGGCCGUGGCGGCGGCGCUGUCCAACCCGCAGCCGGCGUUGCUGUUCAGUCCGCUGGAGCGGUGGGCGGGUGCGCCGCUGAAGGCGCGCAAGGUGCUCAGUGGCGCACAGCUGUGCAGCUUUGUAAGCACGUCCGCACUGCCCAGCGCCCCCAACGUACGUCCACUUGUGGAAGCAUCCGGGCCCGCCGGCCUGCACUCCGCGCCCAGUGGAACUGACGCGCUGCGUGCGCCAGUGCUGCUGUCGGCAUUCCGGCCCUCCGAGACUAACCUACAAAGCGGUUCCCCGGCAGCCCGGGCGCCUCCUCCAGUGGCGGCCGCAGAAGUGGAGGUGGAGCUUCAGCAGCAGCACCAACAGCAGCAGCAGCAGACGCGCUCAGCAGCGUCGCUGCCAUCGCCUUUGCCGCACUCGAUGCGGCGCCAGUCUCGGCUGCGGCUGCUGACGACCGCCUGCGGCACGGUGCAUGCAACGGACGUGUCUGGCUCGCGCCCCCAGCAGGCCAGCGCUGGCCACCAUCCCGCGACCUCCAGCACGGCCAGCAACACGGCCAGCAACACGGCCACAGGCAUGGCCAGCAACACAGCCACGCUCGUCACCAGCACCACCUCACAGUCCGCCCGGCCUGGGCUGCUUUCCGGCAACCAGUCCCGCACCUCGAGCGAUCUGGGCCAGUCCACGUCGCGCGGGGAGGUGGAGGCGCCUGCGUUGGCGUCGGCGUCGGACCACCGCCCGCCGCCGCCCUUUGCCGUGGUGAUGCCCGCGUCCGGCGCCGCCGUCUCGAGCGCCGGGCAGAUCAGCAGCGCCUGCGUGCCGCCCAACCUGGCGUCUUCGGGCAUGUUCAUGUCCGCAAACGCCUCGACCACCGCGUCCAACUACUGGGGCGGCAUGUCCAUGAACGCCCGGUUGGCCUCGCUCCCCGAGGUGCCGGAGCGCGGGGCCAGCGCAUGCCAGCAUGACGAGUCCUGCCCGGCCUCGUUUGUCACGGAUGCCGCUGGAAUCGACCGUGUUGCCGCUGGCCCCGCUGCUGCGGCUCCGAUUGAGCUCACCACCCAGAGCAGUAGCUGUCAGCCGCAGCCGGGCGGCAGCCCGCGCGCCGACGUUGCCAUCGGUGGCUCCCCAGGGACAGAGCCACCGCCGCUGCUGCAGCGCGACUCACCAGCGCAGCAGCCUGCACCAGUGAGGAACAGCAGCUUCGACAGGACGCUGCCGAUCAGGGUCUUCAGAGCGCUGCUCAGGAGCAGCACAAGCGGCCCGGACGAGUAUGCGCCGGCUUCCGGCGGCGCCGCUGCCGACACGGCCGCCGCCGCGGUUGUGCAUCCCACCCGCGCCGGGGCAACGCUCACCAACACCACGGUUGCGGCAUCCGGCGCCUCCGUGACGCGCAGGCUGGUGAACUCGCAGGAAAGUUUCGUCGGUGCCGCGGCCGGAGUGGCCCAGCAGCAACCUGCUGCCGGCUCGUCGCUUGCGAGCCCGCGCCUGCGACGCCUCUCUUCGGCGCGCUACCAGGGCGGCUUUGACUUGCUGCUCAGCAGCGCCCACAGCGCGGCGUCCGGCAUGCGGCGCGGCGGUGCCGAUACGAGCGGUGACGUCGCAGACAUGCUGCGGACCCACACGGGCGGCGUAGAAGUUGACAGCCGCAGCUGCAGCAGUGGCCUGCACGCGCAAGUCACCGUCGGCGCCUCCAACGGUGGCGCAGCUCCGCCGCUGCGGAUGCCCAGCUUCCUCAGGAGCUCGCUGCCGCACCCUCGCGUGCUGCUGCGGGAGGGCAGCUACGCGUCGCCUCUGGGCACUCCGGGCGGCCGCGGCAGCCUCCACGCCUUGGCCGGGGCUUCCACUUCCAUAGAGGUGGAGGCGGAGACGGCGGCGGCCGCCGUCGCCGUGGCAGCAGGAGCAGCAGGAGCAGGAGUACGCGGCGACGCUGCCGCCGCCCCGCACGGCGACGCCGCAGCAGCCACGGGGGCGGGCGCCGGCAUCGACAAACAGGAGGAUCCGUAUGAGCAGCGGCACCCGCAGCAGCAGCAGCAGCAGCAGCAGCAGCAGGCGAUGCAUGAGCAUGCAGGACUUUGGUCGCCCUUUGACGCUUCCGCUGUGCCGUGCUCUCCGUUUUUGUCAGGGCCGCCAGCGGCCGCCGAGUCGGUCGUUACUCGCAUGAAGGAGUCUAGCCUGGCUUUCUGGGCCGCUGCGCGCAGCGCCGGCAACGCCGCCGGCGCAGGCGGCGCUUUUCCGCGGCUCACUAGCGGCAUGCGGGCGGCGGGCUCCCUGCUGCUGCUACCACUGCGCUCUAGCUCGCAGCAAAGCGAGAGGCCUGCUGGCGCUGAACUGCCCCGGGCCGCAUCCCGACAAGCCUAGAGCCAGGGUGCAAAUGUUGGCCCACACCACGGCAUGUAAUCUGGCAUGUAACGCGUCGAAUGAAGGGCGCUGUAGCCUUACUUUAGGAUACACCUUGGAGGCAACGGAAUGCGGUACAACAUCUGGCUAACCUGCGUAUUUAUUUGCGCGUCCCGCUGGCGGCGUGCCAAUCUCGGUACCCAUGUCCUUCGAUGAUAACUUUAGCAGUGUUUCGUGCUGUUCACUGUUUAUGUGGAUGGCAUUCUUUUCAGUUGUCCCAGUAGGACCUGCAAGGAUACCGGUAGUCCCCAGACCUUGCUACGUCGCAAGUGAGCGUGUUGUGUGUUGUGCUGCGUGCUUUCCUGCUUAGUCGGAGUGCGCCAAGGUACGGAAGCAGAAGCUCAGAUGCCAACCGCGCUGAGGUAGCAGCUGCGUGUUGCACUGACGCACGCAACGCCAAUCAAUGCACUGGGCACCAGAGUUAGAGGACAGCACUCGUACAGCGCGGUACUACUGAAACUUCCUAUUGAUACCGUAUGUGCAAUGUGGCGUGGGCGCAGCACACCUGUCCCUCACAAGGGAUCCCUUGAUAUUGACAUCACUGAUACGGCGAAUUGGUUGGCUGAACGAAAUUGAGCAGGACUAUGCCAGUUGGAUGCCAACUGCGUGUCCAAUGGCAAUCUGGGUGCAAUGGGCGCGCGCGAUGAGGUAUGUUGACCUACCUUGACAUGGAGGCCCUUGUUUGCCGCUGUGUUGUGGUCGGCGUGUCAGACUGCAGACGAUCGGGUGUGCAAUGAGAUGAUAGACGACAGUGUGUGGGAGGAUGCACGAUGUCAUCCGCCUCAAGUAGGCGCCGUUUAGGCCGGCCGCGCAGGUUGAGGCCGGCCGGUGUCUGGUUAGCGGUCUUUGCUGACAAGCAUAGCACAGCACAGUAUGUGGUAGGCCACCGCAGUGAGGAGUGUUGUGGCUAAAGGAUUGCCUGCUGUUUGGUUGUCAUGUGCUGGCUGUACCUGUGCUUGACAGCGGGACGUGGCUGGACGCAUGGCGGGCCGCGUCUGUACAAACCGACCCCGGCUAUGUCCGGUAGAUGAGGUAGACGCUUGCGGCCUGACUGCCUGAGACUGGAGACAUGGCGUGGGCCCAGCCCGCUUUUCGCUUGCGCUUUCUUGUCCUUUCCGACGUAAUAAAGUAUUGAAAUGUUUGCUUUUCCAUGCAUUACCUGGGUUAUACCUAAGCACCCCGCAGAAGCUCGAGGUGUUUGUCGUUGAGUGCGAGGGGUGCCGUACAAGCACAAACUGCAUGAGUAAUAAGCAAUCCAAGCUAUUGCUGUGCAAUGUGUGCAUAUGUACAGCAGCUGGAUGUGUGGCAGAGCAUAGACCAUGGGAGCGAGUACAUACUGCUUCCCAUACUCAGCGUAUCGUAUCGCAGGGGGCAGGCGAGGCCACGUGGAGGAGGGGAGCGCGGCGCCGCCCGAGAAGCGGCGCCGGCGCGCAGGUUAGAACCUGUCGGUGUCUGGUUUGCGGUCUUUGCUGGCGAACACAGCAUAGCAUGGAUGUAGUAGUCCUGUGCCUGCUGUGCGUGUGCUUGACAGCGGGACCCGGCUGGACACAUAGCGGGCGGUGCCUGUACAAACUGGCCGUUGGGGCAGGAGGGGGCAGGUCGUAAUGACGUGUGUACAGAGGAGGUAGUUUCGAAACCUUUGGCCUCAAACAUGCACCACUGUGCCGUGGGCAGAGCCCACUUUGCCCUUGAGAGCGAGUCAGGGAGAGCCACCUUUCUUGUCAGACUAGGUAUGGCCGUGUAUUCAAGCGUUUGGAUGCUGAUGACUGUAGACACCCGAUAUGGGUAGGAUGGAGGCACUUGAUUUCACGGGCCCCGUGGUACUGCUCUUGCUGUACUGUCUGGGAAGGUGAUCGAGCGCCACCACACACGCACCGUACUCGUUGCUGACGCAAGGCGGCUAGGGUUGACUCAAGCCCAGCUACCAGCCCCUAGAUACUGCAGCGCCACACUAACCAUUCAUGCAUUAUUCAUGUGCAGUUUGUCAUUUGUCCUAGCUCCGGCUGGGCGUGGGCGCAUGACGCUUGACCGCGUGCGCCAGCCGUGCCUGGCCUGGGCUAGAUACCGAUCGUGACAUCCCAUGGCGAAGGGAUUGGGGCGCAUGGGAACUGAUUUCGCAACUUUGUAUUGGAAGGCGAAGUUUUGACGGCCUAGCCAGUAACUGUUUCUGCGGCAUUCAACGGGUUGUCGCGCAAGCACCGUCGACGUCAAAUAAAACUGUGCAAGCCGCAUUGAGAACUGCCACCAUCCGGGGCCGCGCCUUUCAGUCGCCGAAUUCUAGUA